GAUCAAUCAGAUGACGCAACGAGCUGACAAACGUGCACGCCCAUUCCCCCGUUUCGCUCACAGCCCUGUUCAAAGAUACACGUUAGCAGCUCAUCCAGACUGAUAGGACCACAAAAGGACAGCCGAGAAUAGUACUCCAGACUCUUGCAUUGCAGCAGUUUGUUAUUUGCUAAGUUAGUGACAAUUAUUUAUUAUUAUUAAGAUUCAUUAGAUACAGGUAGAGAGUGACAGUCUCAAACCCACAGGGGGUGCUGCGUGCUCUGCCUUGAGCUAAAUGAAAAGGACCACCAGAACCAGUAGAGGUAAGGUUUACAGACAGGUGAAAAUAUCUCUUCAAGUGAAACUUCACAAUUUGACAUCUAAACAAAGAGUCAGUAAAAUAAGUAUAUUUUACUGACCAAAUCACACAGUGGCAAAUACAAACUGUAUUGUAUAUGUGUAUAUAACACAAAUCAGAUCAUUGCUACAAAAAUUGGGUAUGCAAAGGUAAUGUGGUGUAGUUACUCUGGUCAUUAAACAAUAUUUAACUGAAUAAUUGAUCCUUAGAUAGCAGCAACUGCACAAAAAUCAACUACUGACGGCUGGAGUUGUGCACACCUUACAUGGUAGCUAGCCGUGGAGGAGAAAAUAGCUGAAAAUAACUCAGGGUUAGUAGCAGAGGUAGAGGAUGGCUCCUGAGAUCCAUGGAGUGGUGUGUGCCACCCAGGCCUGGCUGCAGUCCUCCUGGCAUGUCCAGGUGCCCUUUGCCUGGCUGGAGGCCUGUGUGCAGUGGCUGCAGGAGGAGGGUGGAGGAGCAGGCCGUCUGACACAGCAGCACAUCAACCAGCAGGUGCUAGACCAGUGGCUGUUGACAGACCUGAGGGACCUGGACCAUGCUGUUCUCCCUGAAGGGCUCUCCCAGGCCCAUAAGACGGAGCUCAGCGGCACCUUCUGUGUCCAGGUUGACUCAUUACUGGACAUCAGCCAGCCAGCCUAUGGUCAGCUGCAGAAAUGGAGGGGCACAGACUGUACCAAUGAGGAGGUGUCUGCUGUCACACAGACCACCCAGAGGCCCUGGGAGGCCAAGCCAAAUCGCAUGCUGCUGCUACAGGUGACAGAUGGAGUCCAGAGCUUGGAAGCCAUGGAGUAUCAGCCGAUCCCUGCACUCAGCACAGCUCUCAGGCCUGGUGUGAAGCUGCAGUUGCAGGGGCAGAUAGUUUGCAGACUGGGGAUGUUGUUGCUGGGUCCAGCCAACGUCAAAGUCCUGGGUGGUGAGGUAGAAGACUUGGUAAACAGAAACAGCCAGGGAAAGGUGUUGUGUAGAACUCUGGGACUUCCUGAAGAGGAACAGCAGGACGGGGAGGAGGGCCCGCCAGCAUUACCCGAAGGUAACCAGGAAGCAGAGAACUUGGAGGUAGAUGAUGAAGAGUUGCUGGCCAGUCUGGAGGCCCAGGAGGAGGUGGAAAGGGGUCGGUGGGGCGCUCAUUUGGAGAGCGGCUAUGGGACAUUCAGUGAGGCCUCCACUCAUUCCUCCAGAGGCUCCUCUGUCAGGAGCCAUGCCUCCACUGCUUCAUCCAGAAGUGAAGCCUCCACACCCUCUUACAGAAGUGCCUCAGUGCAGCGUCAUCGCCGGCUAGAAGACUCUGACCUAGUCGCCCCUGUAUCUUCCACCUGCUCGACUCCUCCAGAUGUCACAGAUUACAACAUGGCAGAUGAAGAUUUUCCCGAUGAAGACUUUGAUGACCUCCCCCUGGAUGAGUUGGACAGUAUAAUUUUUCAUGAAAACACAAACAUCACCCCUCAGUCUGACAGCAGUCACAGAAGCAGACCACAGACUGAUAACAGAACAGCAGCAAAUCCCAGCAGCUUUGACAGAGCCACAAAACCACAGACUGAUCGGUGUGACAGAGAACCACGCCAGCAGACUUUGAAUGACUCUGGGUCACGGCUUGGCUCUGACAACUCCAGAUUUGCUAGGCCAGACAAACACAAAGGGCAGUUGGCGGCAGUGACCUCCAAUCCCUAUUUGCCCUCAGCUUCAUCCUCGUCCCAUGAUGGUGGCCAAUUCCUAACUGAUGAUGAGACAGUUUUCCUGGAUGAAGACAUGGAUUCCUGCUUUAUCACAGAGAUAGAAACUGGGCAAGCCGGACUUGAGAGCACACACAGUACAACUCAAGAAAUGGCUCAAGUCUCAGGGUCUGGACGGCAAGAAAGAUUUGAGAACGUGAAUGAGAGACCUCAAGGGCUUUGUCAGUCCAGAUUAGGCAUAGACAGAGCUGCCAUUAAAACAGAAUCAGCAGAUUCCAAAUAUAGACUUAGCAGCCAGUCGCCAAAAGGAAUUACAGAUAUAAUUUCCAUGAAGACGACACCUACGUUUGCAAGCGCACACAGCACAACUCAGGGGCGCAGUUACACCUCAAGUGCCAUAAAUGUGGAUGGAGUAUCUGUUGGAAAAGAUCCACAGUGUGACAGCAGCACUGUCCCUGCUCUCACCUUGACCUCCCUGCCAUUUACUUACCUGCGUCUCCUUCAAGAGCGCAUCUCUAAACAACACCUACACACUGCUGAGAUCCGUGUCAAAGCCUUUAUUGUCACCCUCCUGGGGAAGCUGACCAGCAGCAACGGUGUUUGGCGGGUCUGUGCCACUAUAUCGGACGGAAGUGGUUAUUUGGAUGUGGAGCUGUCAGAUGAGGUUUUGACAGGUCUGCUGGGAUUCUCUGUGGCAGAGAAGGCAGUUCUGAAACGUGACCCGGCUCGGAGAGGUGAGUUAGACACUGGGAUGAAGAGGUGUCAGGAAGCGCUGGUGGAUAUGUGCUGUGUGAUGGCCAUUGUGGUUGAACCACAAGGGAGGAGAGCUGUGGUGACCAAGGCAGAGCCAGUCACAGAGAAAGUGCUGCAGGCACUGGAGCAGAGGGUGAGAGACAGGAGAAAAUGAAGAUAGAAUAGAGGUUAAGGGGGAGAGAGUUUAAAGGAAGGGUGACAACAAAACAAGAGGCACUGGAAAAGACAAUUAUCCAUCCUUAGCAUGGGUGAAGGUUGCACAUCAGAAGCACCUUGCAAGUUUUCCCAUGUACAGUGAGUUAUUUUCAGUUUAUUGACCACUGACCUUAGUCAGCAAAUGAAAACUGUAAAAAUGAGAUUUGUGAUCAACCUGCCGUUCUGCCCGGUUUUGGAGAGCAGAAUGUGUUAACUGGAUGUCUGAUGAUCACUAAACCGUGUGUUGCAAUGCACCCCAUCUGCUAUAUGUGAAGCAUGAGACAUUCUGUCAUUUGUUAGUAAAGGACUUCAUUCACUUAACUGAGCUUUCUAUUUAUAAUGCACUACAACCAGUCCCAGCAAAGUAAACAAAUGGAAAUUUUUUAAAUAUUUUAAACACUUUUUGGACCGGUUGUCAUGUCAGCCCGAAGGACUCAGAUUGGAGUUUCAUAAUUACAUAGAGAGGUUAAACAUUUUGAACUAUGUGAAGGAAAGAGGGAAGGGGAAGGGGAAAAGAAAGGAGCCCGAGAUGUGAAAAGAGAUAGAGUGAGAGAGGGGAAAAAAAACCUCAUCCUCUUAUUGUUGUAAUGAAUUGCCCGCCUUCGCAUUCAUUCAAUACACCCUUUGCUUCUGACUGAAAAAUGAUUGAAUCUCCAAGGGCAGUGUGGGUCUUUAAUAAACUUCCACAGAAGAGAAUGAGAGGAAAGGAUGGUAAAGGAGAGGCCAUGGGCUUUGAUUAUUUCUGUUUAUUAUAAAGCUCAUCUAUGUGUAUGUGUAUGUUUGUCUAUUUAUAUUUCAUGGAUUUCCCAUCAAAGUGAAUUGUUAGAAAGGUUUUAUGAUUUCAUUCUUUGCUUAAUAAAACUUACUGAAAAUAAAUUUCUACAACUAAUUUUGCAUUUUCUGU